AUGAACGCAACGCCAACCAGGUCUCAUUCCUUGCAUGAUGACACAUACUUGUAUCUUUAUGAUAUUACUGAAGAAUUUUCUUGGGGUUCAACUCCUAAUAAGAAAUAUUUGAAAGAAAACUCAGUGAAAGUUGGUCCGAUCCCAUUUAUAGAAUCCGAAGAGAAGAUUGAAAAAAUUGAAAUAACUGUUCAUGAUUUAUAUGUUCUCACCACCACAGGAAGGUUGUUUCAUUCCUCAGUGAAAAACAAACUCGUGUCCACCCAUGCAUUAAAUGAAUUAAAGUUGCCGAACCAAGCAGACGACGAAGCCAUUGCAGACAUCAGUUGCGGAACACAUCACUCAGUACUAUUGACAACAAAUGGAAAGGCUUAUGCCAAAGGAACAAACUCUCAUGGCCAACUUGGAAUGAAUGAUAUGACAGCUCGAGCCGAUUUCACGUUAAUUCCUUUUUUUGAAUCCCUUUGCUCCAAGGUUAGAUCUUCAAAAUAUAACUCGCUCGUGGAUUACCCAGUUAAAGUGGUUUCAGGAGCCGUAUUUACAAUGUUCAUGAUGAAAAGUGGAAAAAUAUAUUCAUGUGGAUCCAAUUAUUAUGAACAACAAAGUCUUCCUGCUUGUGCAUACAUUAUGAAGCCAACUAGACUUACUCAUUUCGAAAAUCAACCACUGAAAGUAGAUGCUAUAUAUUGCGGAAGAUCACAUUCAAUUUUCUCUGUGCAAGGAAAGCUUUUCAAGUACGGAACAGAAUCCCAUUCUAUUGAUAACAUUAAGUUAACAAGUCCGUUUGAUAGCAUUGAAAACGUUUUUGGUGGCCAAACCAACACCGUGCUCAUUUCAAAGUUCAAUAACCUGUUUUUAAACAACACCCAAUCAUCUCUGGAAAUUCCCUCUCAAAGAGGCCCAACAAAUGUCUACGAUCCUAUCAGAGGUUUGCUCCCAACUAGUUAUGGAGAACUUUUGUUCAACAAGAGAGGAUUAAUUGAAUUAACAAAUCCUGAUAACCUUCUCCUUCAAGUAGAUAAGGAUGUGCAAUUUUUUGGCAAGUUCAAUAGUUAUAUAGGAUUUGUCAGUCUUAAGUACAUGGCUCCCACUAGUUCUAACAAAGAUUUUAGAUUUACUGCUUCACUGUUGGAGAAGUCAAAACAAUUCAAAUAUGAAAAAGAUGUCAUCAAGGUGGGUGACAGCGAGGUUAUUGCGUUUUUGCCUUUCAUCAAAAAGAAAUACCCUCCUCUAUUUGAUUUAUUACACAAAAGCAAUUUACAUGUUUCUGAACAUUCAGCAGGUAUUAUUCAAAAUCUAGUUGACUAUUGCUUCACAGAAAACACCUCAUUUGUCAGCAAUUACAGCUAUGAAAUGAUUUUAGAACUGGUCUACUUUUUAGAGAUGACAGCUUUUAAUAAUGAUUUUUUCAUUGCCCAUUUACUGUUUGCCAUUAGAAAUCAAUUAUCAAACCUGUACAAUGAAGAACAUUGUGGCCAAAACAAAGAGAACCAAAACAAAUAUGUACAGUUAUUGUUAGACCAAAAAAUUUUCGGGAAAGUUCUUCCGGUAAUGACAUCCAUGAUUAUUCCAACUCCCUCUGUUACUGAUACAAAACACUUUGGAAAUUUGCAGGCCAUCCAAUCUUUGUUCGAUGAUGAAGAAACAAGUGAUAUUAUACUUGUAUUGGAUAGAAAAGGAACAAAGAAAAUUCAUUGCCACAAAACACUGUUGGCGUCUCAAAGUUUGUUCUUUGAAGCCUAUUUCAAUGGACAGUUCUCUGUUUCAAAAGAACUUAAUGUUUUCACAGAUCAAGAGGAUCCUGUUCUAGAAGACGAUGAUGAGUCUAAUAUCAAAACUCGAUCUUUGGAAAAAGUGUUCAUGAUGUUUUAUGGUAUUGAAUCCGACGUGGAGAAUGAGUUAGUAAUAAGCACAUUGGACUAUGCUCAUAAGUACAGCUGUGAAAGAAUAGUCUCUGAAUGUGUAAGCCUGUUCGAAAGAUCAUUGAACGAAGAUUCAUUUGAAAUGGUGAAAAAUUGGUUGGAGCCCAUAGAUUCAAGUGAGCGAACUGAUGUGCAAAACAUACUUUACUCUACCACCACGAAAUGGAACUCCAAGUUACCAAGCAAACAUUUUGCAUUCAAUAACAAGGAAGUGAGAAAGAAGAUGAAAUCAUUCAUUGAAGCGUUGGGCGGAUUUGUUGACAACAAAUUUAAUCCUGACACAACUACUCACUACAUUUGUUCGGAACUCCCGUCACUGGACGAUUUGGAGUUCGUUGCUGCAGCUGCUGGUAAUUGUUCCAUUCUGAUGGAGUCGUACAUUAGUUCAUGUGUGGAGAGUGGCCAAUUCUUGGAAGAAGACUCGUAUUUAAUUGAGGCAUCUUCCGCUUCCAAUGAAAAAGUGUUUCAAUUACUCACACUUAAUGCUACGCAAAGAAAAACAGGUGAAAAGAUAUUUGCUUCACUUCGAUUUCAUCUCGUGUUUGGCAACAAAUCCAAUGAAAGAUGUUGGGCGAAGAUUCUAAAGAGUGGAGGUGGACAAAUUGCUAAAAACGAUCUUGCUUAUUAUGCUACCCACGUUGUUUGUGACUCUGAAAUGUUACAAGAAUCACUUUCAACACUCAAAAACGCUUGUUUGUUGAAAGUACAAUCACCAAUCGUGGUCAAAUGCAAGGAUAUGGUGGAUAUUAUUUUAACCCGAAAUUGGGACAGUUAUUCCUUCAAUCCUGACCUCUUAAAAGAAACUAAGAGGUCCAAGAAGUCGCAAAAUUAA